AUGAAAGCUAAACCCACGCAACCUCUUAUGGCAGAUCUUCCAAUCUCACGAUUUCAACAGACCCGAUCCUUUAUUAAUGUCGGAUUAGAUUUUGCUGGCCCUUUUCUCGUUAAAGAAAGCACAAGACGAAAUGCAAAACUAUCAAAGUGCUACAUUGCUGUGUUUGUGUGUAUGGCAGUCAAAGCUGUCCAUCUUGAGUUAGUGCAUUCACUCUCUACUGAAUCUUGUUUAGCCGCUAUAGACAGAUUUAUCGCUCGGAGAGGAAUCUGCCGAAACAUUUACUCUGAUCAAGGUCGCAACUUCGUCGGUGCUGCACGCCAACUACAAGAAAUCUACUCUCUCCUGAAGAACUCCACCUCACAGAUCUCAGAACAUUUGGCUCAACGAGAAAUAAUUUGGAACUUUAACCCGCCAUAUGCCCCAAACUUCGGAGGCCUCUGGGAGGCUGCAGUGAAGUCGACCAAACACCAUCUUAAAAGGAUACUGCAAAACCAUAAUUUCACUGCUGAAUAA